UCGAGAGGAAAACUCCCGGCGCCCGGAGCUCGGCUGCCUGCUUAGUCCCCUAAGGCGCAGGCGCGCUGUUCCUUUCCGGCCAUCGCUCUUCUUCAUUAGAAAGUUUGCUUCUUAUUUACUUCUAUUCUGAGGUGUUAAAUCCGGAAAGGCAUCCAACACGCUUGUUUCUUCGCCCCUGAUCAGUCUCUCGUCUCGUUGGCUUCUUGCAGCAACGACUACAGAGUUCUAUUCUGCCCCAUUUUCUAGCCCUUUGGGCCAGUCCAAUCAUUCGAGCUGUUUGGCGCUAGUGGCGGGAAUCCCCGUGGUCCUAGAGAGCGAAGAGUUUUCAUUCUUUGUCCUCCCUUUGUCCUAGCAACCCGAAUGCAUCUCCUCUCCUGUCGUCGCCUCGUCUGUGAUCAGGUGCUCCCGGACGUUAUUUUCUGCAUUUGUACUGUGAGCGGCGGUGGCGGAACUGAGUUUUUUUGCUUUGUCGGUAAAGAGCAGCCAUGAUGAGUCAAGCCAAAGAUGACGAGGCAACAGAGGAUGAGGAGAAGAAUAAGUUAUUUCCCUUCAGCUACAGACAUCGGGCAGCUGGAAUGAGUCCAGCCAGAGAUGAUGAAUCAGCUGUGAGCAGCUGCAGGGUGUCAGAAUUGGUACUUACCUCUGAAAGCAUUAAACAAGGGCAGGCAAAUUUUUUUGAUGGACUGGCUUUUAGAGAGUCUCAUGCAACCCUUUUCCAUGCUAUCCGCUCAAUCACAAAAUCUUUUAGGAAGAUUGGAGAAUGUGAUGAUGACAUACUCCUGAAGGGCAAGAAACCCGAUCACCUCGGCCUCAGCUCACCUCAGAAAGAGACUGUUGUAAAGGAAGAUCUUGAUUCUGCUAAAGGCUCACAGGAACCUGAUUCAGCUAAAGAUCCAUGGAAUCCUGAUUCAGCUAAAGAUUCACAAUAUCCUGACUUGGCUAAAGACUCACAAGAUCCUAAUUUGGCUAAAGGUUCACAAGAUCCUGAUUUGGCUAAAGGUUCACAAUAUCCUGACUUGGCUAAAGAUUCACAGGAUCCUGAUUUGACUAAAGACUCACAAGAUCCUGAUUUGGCUAAAGGCUCACAGGAUCUUGAUUUGGCUAAAGACUCACAGGAUCCUGAUUCCUCUAAGGAAGACUCACAGGAUCCUAAUUCCACUGAUUCAUGGGAUCCUGAUUCACAGGAUUCUAAUUUGGCUGACUCACAGGAUCCUAAUUCAGCUAAAGAGGAUUCAUGGGAUCCUGAUUCACAGGCUCCUGAUUCAGCUAAGGAGGGCUCACAGGCUCCUGAUUCUGCUAAGGAAGGCCCACAGGAUCAUGAUUCCUCUAAGGAGGGCUCACAGGAUCGUGAUUCUGCUAAGGAGGGCUCACAGGAUCGUGAUUCUGCUAAGGAGAGCUCACAGGAUCAUGAUUCCUCUAAGGAGAGCUCACAGGAUCGUGAUUCCUCUAAGGAGAGCUCACAGGAUCGUGAUUCCGCUAAGGAGAGCUCACAGGAUCUUGAUUCCUCUAAGGAGAGCUCACAGGAUCGUGAUUCCGCUAAGGAGAGCUCACAGGAUCUUGAUUCCUCUAAGGAGAGCUCACAGGAUCGUGAUUCCGCUAAGGACGGCUCACAGGAUCGUGAUUCCGCUAAGGAGAGCUCACAGGAUCGUGAUUCCGCUAAGGAGGGCUCUCAGGAUCGUGUUUCCGCUAAGGAGGGCUCACAGGACCGUGAUUCCUCUAAGGAGAGCUCACAGGAUCGUGAUUCCGCUAAGGAGGGCUCACAGGACCGUGAUUCCGCUAAGGAGGGCUCACAGGGCCGUGAUUCUGCUAAGGAGGGCUCACAGGACCGUGAUUUCGCUAAGGAGGGCUCACAGGACCGUGAUUCUGCUAAGGAGGGCUCACAGGAUCGUGAUUCUGCUAAGGAGGGCUCACGGGAUCGUGAUUUGGCCAAGGAGGGCUCACGGGAUCGUGAUUUGGCCAAGGAGGGCUCACGGGAUCGUGAUUUGGCCAAGGAGGGCUCACGGGAUCAUGAUUCAGCCAAGGAGGACUCAUGGGAUCUUGAUCCGGCUAAGGAGGGGUCACAGGAUCCUGAUUUGGCUAAGGACUCACGAGAAGGCAAAGACACCUGCAUACCUGUGUAUUCCAAAGAUGCCUCCACACCUGUGCUUUCCAAACAUCAGUCUGUGUCAAAAAGCGAAAGUGUUAUUUUUAGAGUGCAACAGAAACAUGGUCUUGGAGAACUGCCACCCGCACACUUGCUUCCUUAUCUGGUUUUAAUCAAGAGCUUCAUUUCUUUGCCGGUUUCCACUAUCCAAACACAAUGUCUUUCAGGAGAGAUAUUGUGCAGAAUACAGUAUUUUACACUGAAUCAGGGAAAGAAGAAACCACCAUCUCAGCCUGCACCAGUGAAACUACCCAUUCCUAAACUACAACCAGUUCGAGAAACAGACUAUGUAACUUUUGACAGCCUGAAGGAUCUACAAUGGAAGUUAUACAAAGGCCUGGUGAAACGAAAACCAAAAACAAUUGGAGUGUGGAGAAAAGGAACUUACAGCAAUGGAGUUGAAGCAAUCCCAUCUCCCAAGGUUACAGAAUACUGCCUCCCCUUAAUUCCUAAAGACUGGAUAAUUGAUGACUCUCUCAAGUUUUCAGAGAAUAUGGUUAUCCUGCUUUCACAAAACAAAUAGCAUUCAUGAAUGGAGAGCAGUGCCUGAAGAUCUGCAGCAAAUCAAUCUGAAAUGGCAUUAAAAAACGUUCAGUGCUGGGUAAAUCAUGUAAUGCUGGUAAGCAAUUUGCAUUUGGGUGCAUUCUGACAUCUGCCUAGACCAGAAAAGGGGAACCAGAUGUUGUUCAACUCCAGCCAGCCAGCAUGGCCAUUGGUCAGGGAUGAUAAGAAUUGUAGUCCAACAAUAUCUGAAGAGCCACAGGCCUUACAUCUCUGGCCUACACUAAGCAUAAUCCUUUGCUGCUUUUGCUGUUGUAGCCUUCCAUUCUGAAUUUGUGUUUGGUUUGUUGACGUUCUCUCUUGGCUGCCUGAUGAUCACUGCUUGGCGUAAGGAAACCUCUUAACAUUUAUCUCAUCUCUUUACAUUCUAAAAUAGUUUUGUAUAAGGCUGCAGCCAUUUUCAGUGCAGUUGCACAACCAAGGAGAGUUCUUAUUGUUUCCCUUCCACAGAAUCAAAUGGCUCAUGAUCUGUCCAGGUGACCCAAAGCAGAUUCACUUGCUUCUCCCAUGAUUUGUCUUCAUUUGUCAUCUUUUUUCCCAUCGAGUCUUUGGCUCCAUAUGUAUUUAACAUCAUAUUUACUGAGGAGGGCACCAAAAGGGCAAAGUGAAUUGUUAGAUUUCUGAAAGAGAAAUAACAGAAUAUGUCACAUAUAUUGUUUCCAUCCAAAACAUAUUUCAUCUGAAGCUUAGGACUGCAACCCUAUUGUGAUUUCAAGUUUAUGAUUUGGUUAAAAUGUAUAUGUAUAUUCAGGAAACCAGUCUAGCAACUGGGGUGGGGGUGGAGAAUUGGUGAGGUGAGCUAGUUGUUGCUGUAGGAAGUAUCCUCCUUCCUAGUGCCAUCUUUGUGUCCAGCUUUGUAACUUUAAUACUGACUGUGAUUUUAGACAUCUAGUAACUAAUUAGGCUUUCUGUACAGUUCCGACCCUUAGAUAGCCCUUAUCUGAGUGUUUCUAAUUUAAAAAGGAACCUGGGGAAAACCAAAGGGCUGAAAUCCUUAUGAGCAGGAUGUUUAUUCCAUAGAUCAGGAGAAUGGAAGGAAAGGGAGAAAUGGAAGAAGAACCAAAAAAGGCCAGAAGACUAGAAUAUGAGGAAGGAAGCAGACAAUAGGAAUGGACUUUUCACAAUGGAGAGGAAUAAGCAGAAUUUCUCCUAAGGAUCAUCUUAGACUGUUUGUUAGAUACCAGUUGUUGAUAUCUCAGUUUCUAAUUAAUUGUGUUUUUAAUGUAUUUAAUAUGUUUUAUAUAUCAUGACGAUAAUGAUUGAUUAAUUUAUGUAUCGCUUAUUUGCCGAGAUGGUUUUUGGCAAGUGAUGUCCUGCUUCAGGUCUAACUUGAGUAAUUGCAUUGGAGGUGUAAAAGUCUAACACAUAAAUAGCUUUAAACACUUGCCCAGAGGAUCGUAAUAGAUCUUACAUAAAGUUUUGGGAGCACUGAAAGCUCAUUAGUGCAUCUGCUGCUGUCUUUUUUAAACUUAUUUUUCAUUUAUUUAAAUAUAGUGAUACUUGAAUUCUGAGUGCUCUCCUGUAAAAAAGUAAUGCAUUAAGUAAGAGGGAAAGCAUUGGCAAGAUAAGAUCCGUUUUGUGGCAUUAGCAAGAGUAAAAUCCAGCUUGUUUCUAUCAGCCAUAAGCCACAUGCAAGAUGAAUAUGUUGUCCUUCACCUAGCCAAGAAUUUGAAGCAGUUUGGGAUGGGAAGUCAUGCCAAGAAAAGUUCUGUCACCAAGUGGUAGCAAGUGAUUAUUUACUUGUACCGAACAAUCUCAUGCUCCCUACCUUAGUUCUAAGGAUUCAACAUGUGUGCAUCAGGUUGCUUCUGCAUAUGGUAAUAGUAAACGCAGAGCUUGGAAAAGUUACUUUUUUUGAACUACAACUCCCAUCAGCCCCAGCCAGCAUGGCCACUGGAUUGGGCUGAUGGGAGUUGUAGUUCAAAAAAGUAACUUUUCCAAGCUCUGAAACCGUUACAUACAAAUAUGUUGAGUAGUCUGCUAUCAAUAGUAAUUCUGCUUGUUAAUGGAAUUGCAGCUUCUGUCAAGCAAUAGUUAAGUCUCCUAUGCAAGUAACCUAUCCACUGAGCAGGGGUUUGGACUUGACUUCUGUUGUUCAAACGUUUUAGGCCAUGAACUUGGUAGAAUUGGACACAGUAUAUAGCCUGGAAAGGAGCGGCAUCAUGACUUCGGCUAUCCUACAUUAAUGACAGCAAGUAAUGCUUACUACUAAUGGUCUGAAAAAGCAGAAACAUACUAAUUAAUAUUGCACUUUAAUAAUUAAGAGAUUUAAUUAUUUGUUCAUGAUCAAAAGUGGUUUAAUGGGUCAUUUAUUAAGUAUUUUAUUUAUGCUUGGAGAACCAUGGAGAAUCUUUUAUAGUGUUGCUACCCAAUCUAAUAAUUUGUGCUGCAAGGCAAAUAUAUAAAGGAAUAGGUGCAAAGGACAAAGACAGUAAAAAGGUAUAAAUAAACCAUCACCUAAACCUAAAAAUCCAAGACUAGAACAGCAUUGUUAAAUAAAUCCAUUCGUCAUGCUGCAGGGGCUGAGUCAAAUUUCACUAUCAAUAGAUCCUUAAAUUGGCCAGGAGAUGGCAGCAACCAUGUCAUUAUUGCAGACCCAACUUCACUGUCUUAAAUCUUUCAAGGGCAAUGCUGCCGUUUGUGAUUGCACAUGUGCUCAACUUGAUACUGCACAGUUAAGAGUCUUUAACACCCUUAAAGUCAGUGGGUUUAGACACACGAGACUACAUAAGUUUGGACUGGCAGCAAAAUACCUAAAAUACCAAAAUACCUAAAAUGUCACACCAAUGCAGCUGCUGCAUCUGAUACUGAAGCUGCACAAAGCCUUGCACUGCUCAGAUGGGAGAAAGGGGGGGCAUGGCAGGGCUAGAAGGGAGGGGCAAUAAUGGAACAAUCCCAUUAGGUGCACCAGUGCAACCACAAAAGGCUAUCACUGAGUUGAACCCAUGCGUACCAGAUCGUAAAAGCCCAUCUGAAUAGGCUGUGUCUAGCCCUGUUCAUUUUAAGCCCUUAACACUCUUUAACUCCUGUAUUUUUCAUGUUGAGAGAAAAGCAAGCAGGAUAUUUAGGUGGAAGAGGAGAAUGAGAGAAGAAUGGUGGCUGCAACAUCAUCAUCUUUUGUUGCUGCAGAGCUGUUAAAGAGAGAGGCAGGAACUCUGGGUGACUCCCACCCCCGUUUCCACAGCCGCUCUUGGCUGUGGACAUAGCUCACUCUACCCUUUGGACCUCAUUAGCAGGCUGAACUAUACCUCCAUGAUCACAAUUUGGUUUAAAAUGAGAUAUGGACGACAACUACAGCAACCACACUUACUUAUUUAGCAUCAGCAGCACACAGGACAUAAAUAGUGAGCUUACAGAAGAUGUCAUGCUCCUGACCUCAACAGUCAUACUUGAGUGUACAAAGUCGUUUCAGGACCAUUGGUGCCAUACCACCAAGACUCAGAAGUAUUAGCAGAACGUGCUCACAAAUAUAGUUCCAUCUUGUAGCAGGGUAAUUAAUAUACUGGCCACAUAAUUUUGGAAAUAAUGUUGCAAUGGUUUUUUUUACUGGUGGUAAAAGCCUAUUUUAGCUUUACCGUACUAAAAGACAAUACAAAUUUCUACCUUCCACUGAAAAAUUACAUCUAUUAGCAAACGUAUCUUUCAUUUCAAACAGUGGAAGGAAACAAACUACCAAAACGCCUCUAAGGCAUUAAGGAUACUACUUUUGCAUUGAUAAAAAGGCAAUCAUUAAAAAAAACUAAUGAGCAAGGAAGGCAUCAGUUGAAAGAAAAUGUUUAAAAUUUGGCAACUUCAUUAUGUAGAAUUUAGUCAUGGGUAUCAUGUUAUAUUAAAACCUGGAAAAUGCAAUUCUGCAGGGAACAGCUGACAUAUAAGUGCUAGUUCUGUUCUCUAUUUAAAUGUUUUAUGAUGUUUCAUAGAUUUAAUUCUGGAGUGUACUCACAAAAUUGUUCCCCUUUAUAUUCUGGCUUGCAUUAUUUUUGUGUGUAAUCACUGUCACAAUUAAUAAAACAUUAA